AUGUCUCCAGCCCAACAAAAAUUACUCAUGCUGAUCGUUGUGGGGCUGGGUGUUGGCAGUGAGUUUUGGCGGUUAGGGUUUGGUAUUGAGGAGGGUAGAGAGGCUGUUGACGUGGAAGGCGUGAGAAAGUCAAUUUCUUUCUUUGUUCUUUUCAGUGCAUCAUUGAGAAGGAGAACUGCUUCAAGCAACCCAGAGAGAGAUAAAGAUCCUGGAUUUGAGAAUAAUACGGUUGCAUUCUUUUCAUUUCAGUCAACCUUCCUGAGCAGUGUUAAGAAUGUUGUCACACUGCGAGAGCAUAUUGAGCAACUUUCUACAGUCUAUGCCAAUCUUACUGCUAUUAAGGGUUCAGCAGAUACCGAAAUUCUUUUCUCAAAGUCAUUGUUCUUCAUCAGCAUUGGUAGCAAUGAUCUUCUUAGUUAUUACCAUUCAAACACUAGCUUACCCAAGCAAGAGUUCUUAUCUGCUUUGGAACAUGAAUAUGAAAAACACUUGAAGAAUCUACUUAAGCUUGGAGCAAGAAAGAUUGGCAUUAUUAGUGUUACACCAGUUGGUUGCUGCCCAUCUCAAAGGGUUUAUAAUGAAAGCGAGGUCUGUUUGGAGAGCUUGAAUGACCUUUCUUUAGAUUUUCUUCCAACAACCAAAGCCUUCUUGAUGAAGCUCAGCUCAGAAUAUACAGUUUUAAAAUACUCACUUGGAAUCACAUUUGAGAUGACCAUCAAUGUGAUAGCCAACCCUCUUCUAUUCGGGUUCAAGGAGGUGCAAACUGCUUGUUGUGGAGUCAAGAGGUCAGCUAAGCUAAUGGGAUUCAAGAGAAGCCCACUAACUUUCUUUGGUCUCGCUGCCAAUCCAAAAUUGCUGAAAAGGGCUUGCUUCAGAGGAGUAAAUUUUGCCUCUGGAGGGUCUGGCAUUCUUGACAAUACAGGGCAAACAACGCAAUUAAGUACAGUUGAGUUAACCAUUCCAAAAUCUUCGAAACACUUGUCAGGAUUCAAGGAGGUGCAAACUGCUUGUUGUGGAGUCAAGAGGUUCAACGGUGAAGGCAUUUGCGACAACAAAUCUAACCUCUGUUCGAAUCGCCAUGAGUACUUGUUCUGGGAUUUAUUCCAUCCUACAAUGGCUGCUUCAAAAUUGGCAGCUCUAACCCUUUAUGCUGGUGAACCACGAUUUGUAUCCCCAAUUAAUUUCAAACAGUUGGCCGAGGCUUGA